CUGUGUGCCGCCCGAUAGCUCGCUCGCUCCCUCCCUCGGCCCCUCGCACUCGCUCGGGCUAGGUCUCCCCCCUCCCCCCGGCUCUCUUUCGGUCUCCUCAGGCGGUAGCCCGCGCUCUGUGGAUGUGGCUGGCCGCUGCCGCCGCCGCCCCCCUCUCCCUAGCUCGCCGCUUGCCCUGUAGCCGCCGCCUGCGCUUCCUCGGCCCUCCUCCUCCUCCUCCUCCCCCCCUCGUCCUCCUCCUCCGCCGUCUCAGCCUCUGCCUCGGCCGCCGCCUCCACAGCCUGGGCCCCGCCGCCGCGAUGCCAGAGAAGAGGCCCUUCGAGCGGCUGCCGGCCGACGUCUCCCCGAUCAACUACAGCCUUUGCCUCAAGCCCGACCUACUAGACUUCACCUUCGAGGGCAAGCUGGAGGCCGCCGCCCAGGUGAGGCAGGCCACCAAUCAAAUUGUGAUGAAUUGUGCUGAUAUUGACAUUAUUACAGCUUCCUAUGCACCCGAAGGAGAUGAAGAAAUACAUGCCACAGGAUUUAACUAUCAGAAUGAAGAUGAGAAAGUUACAUUGUCUUUUCCUAGUACACUCCAAACAGGUACAGGAACCUUAAAGAUAGAUUUUGUUGGAGAGCUAAAUGAUAAAAUGAAAGGUUUCUAUAGAAGUAAAUACACCACUCCUUCUGGAGAAGUACGUUAUGCUGCUGUUACACAGUUUGAGGCUACUGAUGCCCGGAGGGCAUUUCCUUGCUGGGAUGAGCCUGCUAUCAAAGCAACAUUUGACAUCUCAUUGGUUGUCCCUAAGGACAGAGUAGCUUUAUCAAACAUGAAUGUAAUUGACCGGAAACCAUACCCUGAUGAUGAAAAUUUGGUUGAAGUAAAGUUUGCCCGCACGCCUGUCAUGUCAACAUACUUGGUGGCAUUUGUUGUGGGAGAAUAUGACUUUGUUGAGACGAGGUCAAAAGAUGGUGUGUGUGUUCGCGUUUAUACACCUGUUGGCAAAGCAGAACAAGGAAAAUUUGCAUUAGAGGUUGCUGCUAAAACUCUACCUUUUUAUAAGGACUACUUCAAUGUUCCUUAUCCUCUACCCAAAAUUGAUCUUAUUGCUAUUGCAGACUUUGCAGCUGGUGCCAUGGAGAACUGGGGCCUUGUUACUUAUAGGGAGACUGCAUUGCUUAUUGAUCCAAAAAACUCCUGUUCUUCAUCCCGCCAGUGGGUUGCUCUGGUUGUGGGACAUGAACUCGCCCAUCAAUGGUUUGGAAAUCUUGUUACUAUGGAAUGGUGGACUCAUCUUUGGCUAAAUGAAGGCUUUGCCUCUUGGAUCGAGUAUUUGUGUGUAGACCAUUGCUUCCCAGAAUAUGAUAUCUGGACUCAAUUUGUUUCUGCUGAUUAUACCCGAGCCCAGGAGCUUGAUGCUUUAGAUAAUAGUCAUCCUAUUGAAGUCAGUGUGGGCCAUCCUUCCGAAGUUGAUGAGAUAUUUGAUGCUAUAUCCUAUAGCAAAGGGGCAUCUGUCAUCAGAAUGUUGCAUGACUACAUUGGGGAUAAGGACUUUAAGAAAGGAAUGAACAUAUACUUAACCAAGUUCCAACAGAAGAAUGCAGCCACAGAGGACCUUUGGGAAAGUUUAGAAAAUGCCAGUGGUAAACCUAUUGCAGCUGUGAUGAGUACAUGGACCAAACAAAUGGGGUUUCCACUCAUUUAUGUGGAAGCAGAACAGGUAGAAGAUGACAGAGUGCUGAAGUUGUCCCAAAGGAAAUUUUCUGCCAGUGGACCAUAUAGUGGAGAGGAUUGUCCCCAGUGGAUGGUUCCUAUAACAAUUUCUACCAGUGAAGAACCUAAUGAAGCCAAACUGAAAAUUUUGAUGGAGAAACCAGAGAUGAGUGUGGUUUUAAAAAACGUUAAACCAGACCAGUGGGUAAAGUUAAACCUAGGAACAGUUGGAUUUUAUCGGACUCAAUACAGUUCUGCCAUGUUGGAGAGCUUAUUGCGCAUACGAGACCUUUCUCUACCCCCUGUGGACCGACUCGGGCUACAGAAUGAUCUUUUUUCUUUGGCUCGAGCUGGAAUCAUUAGCACUGUAGAUGUUCUAAAAGUCAUGGAGGCUUUUGUGAAUGAGCCCAAUUAUACUGUGUGGAGUGACCUGAGCUGUAACCUGGGGAUUCUCUCAACUCUCUUGUCCCACACAGACUUCUAUGAGGAAAUCCAGCUAUUUGUGAAAGAUGUCUUUUCACCCAUAGGGGAGAGACUGGGCUGGGAUCCUAAACCUGGAGAAGGUCAUCUAGAUGCACUCCUAAGGGGCUUGGUUCUGGGCAAACUAGGAAAAUCAGGACAUAAGCCAACAUUAGAAGAAGCUCGUCGUCGGUUUAAGGACCAUGUGGAUGGGAAACAGAUUCUUUCUGCUGAUUUGAGGAGUCCUGUAUAUCUGACUGUUUUGAAGCAUGGUGAUAGCACUACAUUAGACAUUAUGCUAAAGCUUCACAAAGAAGCAGAUAUGCAAGAAGAAAAGAAUAGAAUUGAACGAGUCCUUGGGGCCACUUCACCACCUGAACUAAUUCAAAAAGUCCUCACCUUUGCACUUUCAGAAGAGGUACGUCCACAGGAUACUGUGUCUGUUAUUGGUGGGGUAGCUGGAGGCAGCAAACAGGGGAGGACUGCUUGGAAAUUUAUAAAAGACAACUGGGAAGAACUUUAUAAUCGUUACCAAGGAGGAUUUUUAAUAUCAAGACUAAUAAAGCUUUCAGUUGAGGGAUUUGCAAUUGAUAAAAUGGCAGGAGAAGUUAAGGCUUUCUUCGAGAGCCACCCAGCUCCCUCAGCAGAGCGUACCAUCCAGCAGUGCUGUGAAAAUAUCCUGCUGAACGCUGCUUGGCUGAAACGAGAUGCCGAAAGUAUCCAUCAGUACCUCCUGGAGCGAAAGGCCUCACAACCCACAGUGUGAACCCCCAAGCAUGCAGCCACUGUUGUCCUGCUGCCUCUUGGCAAGGAGAAGGUGGAGCUACCCUACAGCUGAUUCAUAUGCCAAGAAUUUGGAGUCUUUUCUCAAACCAAUGGGGGUUGGACAAUGAAUGUAGUUAACUGGUUCCUGCUCACACUCCAGAAUUAAAUUCUAUUAAAAAAAAGGAAAAAUCAAUUCAGCAAAAAAAAAAUGUAAAUAUGAUAGUAAUAAAAUAGAGCAUAAUGAAACUGUGAAACUUCCUGAAGCCUUGUCAGUGGUUAAAAGGAUUUAACACUUCUAUGAUGUUAAUGACAGAUGUUCUGUUUUUAAAACCCUACAAAUGGAAAUUUGAGAGGCUUCUGGGUCAAGAGGAAUUCAUGAAGUGUCUCGGGCAGGAAUGGGUUUAACGCCUCUGCAAACAGCCUAUGAGCCAAGGGUAGUGUGCAUUUGGGGAACGGUUAAUAUGAAAGGCAGAUAGCUGGUAUGAUAUAGUCUGAGUCUGUGCAUAAUUCCGAGUGUGUUUUGGGGGGUGGGGGUGGAAGGGUGAUAAUCUGGGAGAUUUAUUUUCCUGCAUAACGCAAUCAGAACCAAGGAUAGUAGUCUCUCUCUGCCUCCUUCCCUUCUGUGUGACCUCUUGGCAAAACAAAACGAAACAAAACACCCAAUUACUCAGUUCUCCCUCCUUCUUGGUCCUACCUCUUGGUGUCCUUCUUAGAGGUAAAGGAAUAAUAAGGAAACAUCUUUAGUAGCCACAUUAAAUAAGAGAAACUGAUUCACAUUUUCUUUUCUUUUUUAAGGUGAUUUUUUUCCUUUUUUUUUUUUUUUUUUUUUGCAAGAGUCCUAAAUUGCAUGCAGAUGCAGCAGUGGAAUUAUAUAAAGGGUAAAGGGUUUCAUUUGGGCCUUCUUGAGGGAUUUGUUCUACAAAAAAUGCUAUUACUUGUCUGACAGAUCCAACCGUUGCAUCUCUUCAUGGCCACAGUGGCAUUAGCUUGUCUGGGUUAAUUGUUGUGCAUGUGUGAAGUGGAUGGUAACUGAUUGCAAGAGCUGAACUGUACCUUAGUAAUAACUGGUAAAAGUAAGAGUUGAAAGCUCUUGCCACCCUUUGUUUGAUCUACAGUGUAUUCUACUAACAAGGCCUCACCCAUCUAAUCCAGUGGGGUUUUUUGUUUUUGGUUUGGUUGGGUUU